AACGUGAACGCGAACUGCGCUGAUAUCAACAACUCGCCUCGAACAACAGUGUCGAACUUGCUCUUAGAUGCUCAGCGCGCUCUCGUCGGCAUUUUGUACUCGUCCCGUCUUUCUGCUGACUGAAAAGUCUGAAAAGAAGUGCCUUAAGUUCCCAGCCGGAGUCGUGUGCAAAAUCUCUAGUUGAAUCCCGCUGAAUGCGCUGGCCCCAGUGAGUGGAGUGAUAUAUAAAAGCUAGACGUAGAGAAACUCAGGACUGACCACUGACCCAAGCCACUGCAGCAUCAAGAUGUCGUUUCGCGUAGUGCGCAGCUCCAAGUUCCGCCACGUCUACGGACAGGCUCUGAAGCGGGAGCAGUGCUACGACAACAUACGGGUAUCCAAGUCCAGCUGGGACUCCACAUUCUGCGCGGUGAAUCCCAAGUUCCUGGCCAUCAUCGUGGAGUCGGCGGGCGGCGGAGCCUUCAUCGUCCUGCCACACAACAAAGUUGGUCGCAUUGCGGCGGACCACCCUUUGGUGGGCGGUCACAAGGGUCCUGUGCUGGACAUCGCCUGGUGCCCCCACAACGACAACGUGAUCGCCUCCGGCUCAGAGGACUGUGUGGUCAAAGUGUGGCAGAUUCCCGAUGGCGGGCUCUCCCGAACACUUACCGAGCCCGUGGUCGACCUGGUUUUCCACCAGCGUCGCGUGGGUCUGGUGCUGUGGCACCCCUCUGCGCUCAACGUGCUGCUUACCGCCGGCUCCGAUAACCAGGUCGUGAUUUGGAACGUGGGCACUGGUGAAAUCCUCGUGCACAUCGACUCCCACCCGGACAUCGUUUACAGCGCCUGCUUCAACUGGGAUGGCUCUAAGUUGGUCACCACCUGCAAGGAUAAAAAGAUCCGCAUCUACGAUCCGCGCACGGCCGAGCUGGAGAGCGAAGCCAUGUGUCACGAGGGCUCCAAGGCCACGCGGGCCAUUUUCCUACGUCACGGUCUGAUCUUCACCACAGGCUUCAACCGCAGCUCGGAGCGUCAGUACUCCCUGCGCGCACCGGAUGCCCUUAACGAACCCAUUGUCAUGGUGGAGCUGGACACGUCCAACGGCGUAAUGUUCCCGCUUUACGACGCAGACACGAACAUGAUCUACUUGUGUGGAAAAGGUGACUCGGUCAUUCGGUAUUUCGAGGUAACGCCCGAACCUCCUUUCGUGCACUACAUAAACACGUUUCAGACUACAGAGCCGCAGCGUGGUAUUGGUCUGAUGCCCAAGCGAGGCUGUGAUGUGACCACCUGCGAGGUCGCCAAGUUCUAUCGCAUGAACAACAACGGUCUGUGUCAGGUCAUCUCGAUGACUGUGCCGCGCAAAUCCGAUCUUUUCCAGGAGGAUCUCUACCCCGAUACGCUAGCGGAAGAUGCUGCCAUCACCGCGGAGGAGUGGAUCGAUGGCAAGGAUGCGGAUCCGAUCACAUUUUCGCUCAAAGAUCGCGUUUCCAUUGUACAGGGUGGCUACGUGUCCUCGUCGGUAAACAAAUCGCUACCAGCGAAGAAGGCGGGCAACAUCCUGAACAAGCCCAGAGGCGACAGCGCUAGCUCCGGUGCAACGAGCAGCAGCGCGGGCGGCGGCAACUUUGCGUCCGGAAACAACAAUGAGGCUAGCGAAGGUGGACCGCCUGCAGCGGUCUUAUCGGAAAAGGACCUGCGCACCAUACAGGACGAGAUCCGCAAACUCAAGGCGAUCAUCGUCAAGCAAGAGAACCGCAUCCGCGCUCUGGAGGCCAAGGAGGACGCCCGCAACAAGAAUGGAAGCGAUGCUGCGCCAGCUUCAGCGGGAGCAGCCACGUCCGACGGCAAAGCCAGUGAAAGUGCCAAUGACCAUGCGUCCACAUCAGCCGGAACGUCAAAGGACGAGGACUAGGUCUAGCAAUGAAACUAGGACUGAACUGAUAAAAAUGGGCGGAAUGGAUUGGAGGAGAGACAGAGAACUGCUUGUAGAAGCUCGUAGCUAUCGCUUAAUUUCUCUAUUGCAACAUAACGUUUAUUUCGUACGCGCUGAGGGCGAAUUGAAAAAAGAACUUAUUGUCUAUUACCAUUAUGGUUUCGAUUAUUUAUUUUUUAUAAUUUAAUAUUAGGUCCUUAACGAGCGAAAUCAGUUGAGUGUGGCACAGAUAGGGUUAGAGAAAGCCGAGCUAAACCAUCGAACAUAAGCGAGCAGAGCUGGACGCUUAACGUAUAAAACAUAACAUAAAACUACAUCCUGCCAAAAAUAUAUAAAAACCUAACGAACUACCUACAUUUUGCGCCAAAAUCAAGCGGAGCGAAGGGCAGGCACUCGGCCCAUCGAUCGGCUUGUUGUGACGCAAGAAUGAAAUUGUUGUAAAUUUAACAAAGGCAAAUCAUAGACUAAACCUCAAUCACUUAAGAGUUAACACCUACCAACCAAAUUUGUACGAGCUCCUUUCUGUAACGUCUGUAUAUUUGUACGUCCCGGAAGUUUUCAUGACAAUAGCUGAUAGAAUUGAUACUGUUCAUCCUAGCUGAGGCCCCCCUAAUCAGUCACAUUUCCCUGCAAAUUGUCGUGUCAAACAUAGCGAAUUUAGUUAGAAAGUGAUGGGGGUCAUCGGACAUAAAUCGUUUUCGUAAUCAAAAUUUUCUUGUUCAAACUAAUGAUAAGCUGUAUUUUGAAAUAAUAAGAGUAACAAUAAAUGCAACAAAAUCAGAAAGAAUAUAAGAAACCAAACGAGACUA